AUGACGCUUUCGACCUCGACCGCUUUAGCCGCCGCCUUAACUGCCGCCUUUCUCCUCCAUCUCUGCCACGGCCACCAUGACAAUAGUACGGCUUCUUCUUACCCGAAUUGCACCUAUAUUGAAUCCGACCUAGUCGCUUUCCCUUUGAAUCUCGAGUACUUGGAGGCCGAAUUUUUCUUGUGCGGCGCUCUCGGUUAUGGGCUCGACAAAGCAUCUCCCGGUCUCAGCAAUGGAGGCCCAAAGCCCAUCGGCUGCCAAAAGGCCAACCUAACUGCGUUCGUAAGAGAUAUCGUCACCCAAAUGGCUUAUCAAGAAAUCGGACAUCUCAAGGCAAUAACACAGGCGCUACAGUUUUUAGGGCCUAAUCUUACAUUCCCGAGGCCGCAGCUUGAUAUUCGGCCUGAGGUAUUCGCAACUAUUAUGAACAAAUCCUUUGGAAGGAAUAAUAAUACACUCGACCCCCCAUUCGACCCUUACGCUAACGACUUGAACUAUCUUAUUGCAUCAUACGUCAUCCCUUAUGUCGGAUUAACUGGAUAUGUCGGGGCACUGCCUUGCAUUCUCUUCAAUCAACCUUUCAGAAAGUUGGUGGCAGGGCUUUUGGCGGUGGAAGCGGGUCAAGAUGCAAUUAUAAGGCAAAUGUUGUACGAAAAAGCCCAGACGUUAGUAGGAGGAUAUGGAUACUCGGUGGCCAAUUUUACCCGACAGAUUUCGGAACUCAGGAACAAGCUCGGGGGACGAGGGCACAAAGACGAGGGAAUAUUAGUCCUCCCUCAUUAUGGUGCCGAGGGAAAUAUAUCCGGGAAUGUGCUUGCCGGUAAUGUUAAUUCAUUGGCUUUCGACCGAAGCCCUGAAGAGAUUCUCGCCAUUAUGUACGGGAGUGGAGACAUGUGCAAGCCGGGUGCAUUUUUUCCCAAUGGAAGUAAUGGGAAUAUUGCGAACAAUUGUCCCAAGAAACGAAACUGA